AUGGCUGAGGAGUAUGGCAGAUCGGCCCAUCCAAAGCUUUGGGAGAAGACGAGCGUACUCUAUGCGGGAUAUUAUCUGGAAAAUUACUUUAGGCCCACAGGCGCUCUACUUCGGCCAAAAUUGAACAAGGGCCAAGACACUCUCGUCUUGUCUGUCGCAGAGCCCCUAACUACGAAGCCUCUGCCUAUGUACUCUGCCGUCGCUGAUACUGGUGCCCUCGUACAUGCCCUACUCCGCGUUGCACCAGGCAAGAAGCUCAUUGGCGUCAAUGAGUGGCUCAGUUUCCGAGACUUUGCCAAGCUUUUGGCUGAGGUGUUAGGGAAGGGUAUCAAGUUUGUUGACCGCAACCCAAGUUUCGAUAUGGGAGACCCCGAUCUUGAAAAGGAUCAUGUGGAUAUGAUGGGAUUUUGUGUUGAGUUUGGGUACGAUGGAGGGAAGGUCGAUAAGAGCGUUGUGCAGCCGGCUGAUCUAGGAGUGCUGGUGCAGCUGGCGUCUGUGAAAGAGUGGUGUGGAAACCAGGAUUGGGAGAAAGUGUUGCAGGUUGAUUAA